AAUCUUAAAGGGAUCUUAAAAGUAUCUCCCUUUCUUCUUACCCAUCUCUCUCUCUAUUAAUGUUUGGGACUCUCGCUUCCGGAGAACUCGAAACCGCCAGAUUGAGGCGUGAUUUAGGGUUUUCAUGCGGUGGUAUAAGAAUGGAAGGCGAGCAGACGCAGAAACUCGUUGUGGGGUAUGCUCUGACUCCCAAGAAGAAAAAGAGUUUCUUGCAGCCCAAGCUUGAAGUCCUGGCUAGGAGAAAAGGCAUUUGCUUUGUCCCCAUUGAUUUGAACCGUCCACUUUCUGAACAAGGGCCAUUUGAUGUCGUUUUGCAUAAGUUGCUAGGAAAAGAGUGGCAAGAUGUUAUUGAGGAUUACCAGCAAAAACACCCGGAAGUGACUGUGCUUGAUCCUCCAGGUGCAAUACAACGUAUACAUAAUCGACAAUCGAUGCUUGAGGGUUUGGCAGAUUUGAACCUGUCUGAUUGCAGUGGCAACAUUUUUGUUCCAAAGCAAAUGGUUGUCUUGAAAGAUUCAGCAUCUAGUGCUGAUAGAGCCGUAGAAGCUGGUCUUAAAUUUCCAUUAGUUGCAAAGCCACUCUGGAUCGAUGGAACUGCAAAAUCACAUCAGUUGUUCUUAGCUUAUGACAAGCGCUCGCUUGCAGAACUUGAUCCACCUUUAGUCCUGCAAGAGUUUGUUAAUCAUGGUGGAGUUAUGUUCAAGGUUUUUGUGGUGGGUGAUACUAUAAAAGUUGUGAGACGAUUCUCUCUACCGAAUAUUAGUAAUUGUGAAAAAGCCAAAGUUGAUGGCGUCUUCCAGUUCCCAAGGGUUUCAUCUGCUGCUGCUUCAGCCGAUAACGCUGACUUGGACCCUAGUGUUGCUGAGCUACCUCCAAAGCCUUUCCUAGAGGCCCUUGCAAAAGAGCUACGAAUCUUAUUGGGACUUCGGCUUUUCAACAUAGACAUGAUCAGGGAACAUGGGAGCAAGAACGUGUUUUAUGUUAUUGACAUCAAUUAUUUUCCUGGUUAUGCAAAGAUGCCAGAUUAUGAGCAAGUUUUUGUAGAUUUCUUCCACGAUAUGGCGCAAGUCAAACAGAAGAAGAGACAUUGUAAAUGAAGAGCCUCUGAACUCAUGCAAGGAGCUGUGAGAAAAGUAUAAUGACUAAACUAAUGAUGGAUUUGUACAGAAUUAGCUCUCAUCCCUUUUGGAAGCUUUAUGAGAUGACAAGUUUUGAUUAGUGAUUCUGAGUAUUUUUUCAACAACUCAAAACGUUUUAGAGAAGUUGCUAAGGAUUCGAAAAAAAAA